AUGGAAAAAAAGUCAACCACAGAUGUCUUCAUGAGCAUCCCACCCGAAGAUGCGCUAGAGAUUGCUCGUUCCACCGUUCGCCGCAUCUGGUUCUAUACCACCGCUCCACUACAGCGUAUUGAGUAUGUAGUGUGUAUAUCACACAAUGAGGCUGUACCCAAUAUAGACAACAAGCUAUCCACAUACGGUUACAAGAUUCGCCAGGCUAUCUCGCUUGGUAUACUGAAAGUUCCCCCGCGAAAGUACUGCUGGGCGACCGAGAGGUUCUUGACCAGUCGUCCUUUCUAUCAACAGUAUCCAGUGAGGGGCCCAAAGAAAAUCAUCUGGUAA